CACCACAUCACCUACGCCGCACACACAGCCACAGCAUCCAGCUACACCCAGCCAUCCGGCAUGGCCGCCGCGCCGCCUCUUAGCGACGCCUCGGGCGCCUCUGCGCCGCACGCCGUCGCAGCGCAUGCGGCGCCGCACCCGGCCGCCGCCGAGGCCGUGCCGCGCGACGCCAACGCCGCCGCCUUCGUCAGCUCGGUCGAGCACGGGCGCCCGCUGAGCAUGAUCGCGUCGAGCGCCUACAGCGACGACGAGGAAGAGGCAGUGCCGCAGCGCUCCGCGGCGGAGCAGGAGCGCAUCCGGGCACGCGCACCGGCGCGCCGCACGCUCGACGAGCUGCGCAUCGAGGUGCACGCCCUGUAUGCGCGCGAGUCGUCGGACGGCGCAGCGGUCCGGCUGGGCGAGCUGCCGCGCCUGCUGGCUGCGUUCGAUGCGCAGACCGGCCGGCCGCUCGUCUCGCCGAGCAACAUGGCGAUCAUUGAGAUGCAUGCCGAGCAGGAGCCGGACCUGCAAAUGUCCGAGGACAAGUUCGUCGACAUGAUCACUGCGCUGCACAGCGCAGGCGCGAACAGCGACAGUGAGGGAGACAUGUCGCUCGAUGUCCUCAUGCCCGGACGGGCCGGAGAGAAGGCGGUGGGCGAAGACUCGAUGGACGAGGACGUGUCGCAGGGCGAAGACUCGAUGGAGGUGUCGUCGUCCUCGGACGAAGACGUGCGAGCGUGGCGAAGCCGCGCCAUCUCUUCGAGCCCUCCAGGCACCGCACUCGCGGUGCGCAAGCGUGGCUACGAGGCGUUCCCUCGCUCGCAGGACCAGCUAGACGACGCCGACGCGCCUGUGCGGCGCCUGCCGUCGAUGCUGCGCCGCAAGACGACGACGUCAGACCCAGCCGAGUCGCCGUUUCGCAACACGCCGGCAGGCGAUGAGCGUCGCGUGCUCAGCGGCAAGGGCAAGGCUACCAACUGUCCCAGCGCUUUCACCAAGCCGCGUCCAGCGGCCGUGACACGCGCCCGCCGCACGAGCGACGCUGGCCUCGACGCGGAAGGGACGGUCAACGGCGAUGUCGACGACGACUCCAUCUCCACGCCGAGCGUGCGUCGCCGGAUGCCCUCGCAGCCGCUGCCCGAGAUGCCGCGCAGCGCCUCGACUGGCUCUGCGGGCUUUCGCCACUUCCCACGCGCCACGAGCCCGCACAACUGGGAAGAGGAGGCGGCCCUCGCGCAGUUCACUCCGCUGUCUCCUGGCCUCAUGUCGCCGCCGCUCAUCCGCCAAGCCGAGGCGGACUCUGAGAAGCUGAGCAGCAAGAUCAAGACGCUCGAGCAGCAGCAUCGCGCCAGCUCGCUGCAGUGGAGCGAGGAGCGCGAGAACCUGCACGAGGAGCAUGCUCACGUGAGCGCUGAGCUCGAGGAGGUCAGGCAGAACGUUGCCUCGCUGCAGAAGGAGCUUGUGAGGGCCAAGGAGCAGAAGGAGCAGGCGGAACGUCGGACCGAAGACAGGGAUCUCGAGAUUCAGGAGAGAGCUGCAGAGGCCGAGCAGUUCAGAGCGCGCAGGGCGGAGUGGGAGAAGGAGAGAAAGCAGCUGCUCGAGCGCGCAACAAUUAGCGAGGCGGUCGCGGUGGAACGCCAGGCCGAGCUGACGCGUGCGUUGGGCGACGGUGAGAAGCAGCACAAGGAGCUCAGGGAGAACAAGGAGGAGCGCUCGGCGCUUUUCAAGAAGAGUCAGAGGCAAGAGUCGGAGAUCUCCGCGCUCAAGAGCCAGCUGCGCAAAGCAGCUCAAGAGCUGCUCGAGCUGAAGGAGCGCGAGGUCCAGCUGCAAGAGCAGAUCAAUAUCAUGCAGGAUCAGAUGCCGGCGGUACGCGCCGGCUCGGGCUUUACGCAAGGUCGCCACCUCAAGGCAGAGCUCGCCGGCGAGGUCAGCUUCGACAACAGCGUCCAGUCGGUCGACGUCGGCGAGACCAGCCUCGCAGACGCCGACACGAGCGGCGACGCAAGCUUCAUCGAGACCACCACUGUGCGGCGUCGUGUCAAGCGCUCGCAGCGUGCCGCAGCUGCAACCGAGUUCGCUGAGACGAUGACGCAGACGGAGCACGCUGCCGCCGAGAUGUCGACGCAAACGGAGCCGGCCGUCGGCGCCGACUCGGCCACGCAGACGGACCAAGCGGCGCCCGUCGAAGCUCUCAAGAAGGAUGUGACGGUAGCGGCUGGGCCCUCAGCGCAGACAGAGCAGUCAUCUGCCGCAGAGCUGCCCUUGCCGCCCAGCUACCGCGAGGCCGAGCUGGAGCGCGCCGUCAUCGCACGCGACCACCCUGCCGUGCAGCUGCACGAGCGCAAGCUCGGCGACCGCGCAGCGCUGCUCCUCGAGUCGGUCUUCCAUACCAGCGAGACGCGGCGCUACCAUGCGCUGCGAGACGACGUCGGCCGCCGCUGUCUCGUCCUCGAGUCGGCCAUCCAAGAGCGCGCCGAUGAGGCACGGCUUCGCGCGGCCCGCGAGUCUGCACCGCGCGCCGCACCGACGCCUUCUCGCUUCGCAAACGACAAGCACGCUGCACAGCUGCUCGCCUGCUCGCUCGGCUUCCUCACCGGCGCCGUCGUGAUGGGCUACUUCUUCAGCGGCCCGCGCUACGCGCUCGGCUCGUUUGCGCUCGAGGACUCGGCGAGCUGGCAGGUCAGCAACGGCCUCGCCGCCGCGAUGCUCGAUCUCGGCGUGCCGCUCAGCACCGGCAGCGGCGCCGGCGAGUGGUGGCUGCCGCGCCUGCUCUACGGCUCGGCCAACGUCGUCCGCCGCCACCAGCCCGUCUAGUGCUCGCUGGGCAUGCAUGCAAGCCCAGCCGAUGCCUCCACCCCUCAUUCACGAUACCACGACCACUGUAGCGACCACGUUCCUUGCUGACAUGCCUGUAUUACCAUCACUUCUUCUGCCCGAGCCC